UUUUGUGUAUGAAAGAGCGUGGAUAGGAUCUCUGAUUUUUACUGACAGCUCAUAAACAGCAUGGAGCGGGUCUGCUGCCAUUGACUGCAAGAUAUAUUGCUUUUAAAGAAAUAACUCACAAGAAAAAAAAAGAAACAGAAUGGAAAUAGAAAAGAGAACGAAUGGGUUUGAGUUCCAGGAAAGACGUGUAAACGGCUUCUACGCAGAUCACACCUUAGAAAAAGACCAGGCGAAUGGGAUUGAUGGAAUGAUGAAGGAAAACCAUGUGGAUGACCGUGCUGAUCGAACCUGCCUUAUCUGUGGGGACCGAGCCACAGGGCUGCACUAUGGCAUCAUCUCAUGCGAGGGGUGCAAGGGGUUCUUCAAGCGCAGCAUCUGCAACAAGCGGGUGUACCGCUGCAGCCGGGACAAGAACUGUGAGAUGUCACGCAAGCAGCGGAACAGAUGCCAGUACUGCCGGCUGCUCAAGUGUUUACAGAUGGGAAUGAACCGGAAAGCAAUCAGGGAAGAUGGGAUGCCAGGAGGUAGAAACAAAAGCAUCGGACCUGUCCAGAUAACAGACGAGGAGAUUGAGAGAAUUAUGACUGGGCAAGAAUUUGAGGAGGAGGCCAGCAUACCCUGGAGUAAUAACGGAGACAGUGAUCACAGCUCCCCAGGCAAUGGGGUUUCCGAGGGCAACCAGCCGUCACCUGUUUCCACUCUAUCAUCAAGUAGGUCAGUGGAGCUGAAUGGAUACACCACUGCACUCAGGGACCAGUACAUCGGGAUGCCAGUGUCCUCGCACUACCAGUACCUGCCGCACCUUUUGAGCUACGCUGCACAGUCCGGCCUGCUGCCCCAGCAGUCGCGCAGCCUGGACCCUCAGUCACAAUCUCUAGUCACUCAGUUAGUGGCGUCUGAAGACUUGGAGCCUCUCUGCACACCGAUGCUGAUAGAAGACGGCUACAAAGUGACGCAGGCUGAGCUCUUCGCCUUGCUGUGCCGGUUGGCGGAUGAGCUGCUCUUCAGGCAGAUAGCCUGGAUCAAGAAGCUGCCCUUUUUCUGCGAGCUGUCAAUCAAAGACUACACCUGCCUGCUGAGCUCCACGUGGCAGGAGCUGCUGCUGUUGUCCUGCCUCACAGUGUACAGCACACAGAUCUUUGGAGACCUGGGCACCGUCACCUCCAAAUACACACCCUCCGACGACGAGCUGCACAGGUUUAGCGAGGAUGGCAUGGAGGUGAUGGAGCGUUUGAUAUACCUCUUUCGGAAAUUCAAUCAGCUGAAGGUCAGCAAUGAAGAGUAUGCCUGCAUGAAGGCCAUUAAUUUCCUUAAUCAAGCAGAUAUCCGAGGCCUCACGAAUGUGUCCCAGUUGGAGCAGUUGAACAAGCGUUACUGGUACGUGUGCCAGGACUACACAGAGUUCAGGUAUCCACACCAGCCCAAGCGCUUCCCAGAGCUCAUGAUGUGUCUGCCUGAGAUCCGCUACAUUGCAGGGAAAAUGGUGAAUGUUCCCCUGGAGCAACUGCCUCUCCUGUUCAAAGCAGUCCUACACUCCUGCAAGUCCAGCAUUACCAAAGAGUGAAGAGGGCGGCUCCAGGCCUCCAGUUCCACUGCCUUCCAGCGCUGCCUCCAGCAGGGAACUGAUACAAAUGAACCACCGAGGUUAACCUUGGAGGCGGGGGGACAGGGGACUCCCCAGGAAUGUGACAAGCAGCUGUUUUUUUACUUUUUUUUCUUGUAUAUUUAUUUCAUGACAGAGUUGAAUGUAUGAUCUUCAACACAGUGCACAUGCUUCUGUACAAAAAAUGCAGAAAAUGCAUUGUUCUUGCAGUUUACAGUGUGUUCAGUGUUAAAUUGUUACAGUGUUGCCAUUUUUAGGACUAGUUAUUCUUUUAUAUUUUUGUUUUUGAUUUUUAUUUCUUUCUGAGUAGGGGCUGAAACAAAUAUUUGAAUUGUGUUUUUAUUAAGACUACCUCAGGAAUAUGGUACCAUUUUGCUUUUAAAACAUCUCCCAGUCAAGUGCUUUCUCCGAUAUCAUAUGGUCUGUGUCUGAAAGCUGCCAUCUUCUAGUUCCAUUGCACAGCUAAUACUACAGAUACUACAGUCUUUGCAAUUCGACCAAUUCAGAAUGUGUUUAAUGUUAUAUGUUGUUUGCAUAUUUGUCUUUUGUAUCACUUGCUCUCAGCUUUGAAGAUUUCAUUCUGAAGAGUUGUUGUUCCUCUUUAACCAAAGAGGCUUCAAGCUGCAACAGUCCUGAUCAAUUGUCCACCCCAAUAGAAGUGUAUGUGUCUGCAGAUGCCCAAUUUGUUUACCUACCCCAACGGUAGUUCUAGUAGGGAUACAAGCUUCCUGUACUCUUGUAGGCUACCAGCCUCGUUAUAUAUGUCAAGAAGGCAUGCUCUGGUGCUCUGGCUGUCACUCGCACAAGCAGGAGGGUAUUUUCAAGCUCUAUUUUAACUCAGGAAGCAGCACAUUUUCUGCCUAGACAGAUGAUAUUUUAAAUAAAUAUGUAAAUAAUAUUUUGGGGGAAGCUGCACCUUUAAUUACUUUUGGUCUGUAUGGAAAACCAAACAAACACAAGCCGAAUGUAGCCCCAAGUAAAUUACUUUUGAUUUAUCAGAAUUUAAUUUGUUUAAAUAAACAGCCGUAAAAAACUUAGUUUAUUACAACCUAAUUAAAAAUUACAAUCUUAUUUAAAAGAAAAUCAUUAAUCUAUGGGUAACAAUUGUUUUUUAUUUGUUUGCCUGUUAUUAAUGCUGUUGAUAAAUAAUAAUAAUAAUAAUAAUAAUAAUAAUAAUAAUAAUAAUAAUAAUAAUAACAAUAAUGAUCAAAAUGAACUACAAGGUGGUUUUGUUAUUGGUCUCAAUCCAGAAUUGAAAUGCAAAAUCCCUCUCAUGUGCAAUUCUACCUCACUCAGCUGUUAGAAAGGCAGAGUACACAAUGUGACCAAUAAAUACAGGUAUUCGAAAAAGAAAAAAAAA